AUCGUGAGCCUUUGCACUUCAGUCAGCGGAAGAGAUUUUUUUCUUUUUUUACUCCAAUUUUUUUGUUGUUCUCGGCGCUGCACUGACCUACCAUGGCUCGUACCAAGCAGACGGCCCGCAAGUCGACCGGCGGGAAGGCUCCCCGUAAGCAGCUGGCCACCAAGGCGGCGAGGAAGAGCGCCCCGGCCACCGGCGGCGUCAAGAAGCCGCAUCGCUACCGGCCAGGCACGGUGGCGCUGCGCGAGAUCCGCCGCUACCAGAAGUCCACCGAGCUGCUGAUCCGCAAGCUGCCGUUCCAGCGCCUCAUCCGGGAGAUCGCGCAGGACUUUAAGACAGACUUGAGGUUCCAGAGCUCGGCGGUUCUAGCCCUGCAGGAGGCGGCGGAGGCGUACCUGGUCGGUCUGUUCGAGGACACCAACCUGUGCGCCAUCCACGCCAAGCGGGUCACCAUCAUGCCCAAGGACAUCCAACUGGCCCGCCGCAUCCGCGGGGAGCGCGCCUAGCUCUGGGAACGACGACCCGGGUCACGUGCUCACUUGUACAUAGAACUCUUGGGAACGAGAAGCUCACCGUGGCAGCUAGUUUUGUACAGUAUAUGUUGAAUAAUUAACUUAAGUGUAGUAACGGUCAAAUGUAGACAGAAAUGGCGUUAAAACGUGUGGUAAAGGCGAGGAUACCACAUAUUUAGUUAAGUUGCCGUUAACAUGGAAUUAACUGAACUGCAAGGCUCUUUUUGUCCGCUUUGAUUCGUCAUUUUAAAAUUUGUCCGCUAAGAAUGUUACUUGAAGUAGCCAUAGUAUAUUGCGUCCGUAUAAUGCGUUCAGUGUUCGUAAUUUGUGAAUUCUCGUUGCAUCAUCUCUGUAGAACAAUUGUAUAAUCCUCAAGCUCAACAAAUAUGUAUAUGUAUUGUAGAAAAAGUUCAUAUGAAGUUUUCGUACUGAUGAUGCAUUUGAAACAAAACUUGCGGUCAUGUUUCAUACCCCUGUGUAAAAUGCAUUUUCCACCCAAAUCCAAGUUAGUAUAUAUUUGUGUACAUCCACCAGCCAACUGACCGUUUUAUACUUCUGUUUUAUCUUUUGAGUUUGAUUUCUAAUAAAAAUAUUCUGAACGCCUAA